AUGCGAUUACUCAUUUCAACUACGAGCAACUUCCCGUCUAACACUAAGGGAAUCAAGAGCGUUUACAAUGCCAUUUUUUCAAACAGAGCAGCCAAACUGGAUAGUCUAACUUCUAUUCAGUAUGUCAUACGUCAAUUACUUAAGAAAGAUUACCUCCAUCAAUUUCUUACAAAUCCAGAUACCAACGAAAUCACAGAUAUUAUUUGGGUUCAUCCUAUAAGCCUAGAGCUAUUUGUCAACUUUCCAUCGGUACUGAUCAUUGAUGCCACGUACAAGACCAAUGAGUAUCGAAAACCACUAUUGGAGGUUAUGGGUAUCACAUCCACAUAG